CCGGGAAGCAAGAAAGGAAAGAUCACAAAAAAAAAUCUGUGCGCGUAUCACCCAUCACCAGUGACGUGUAAAUUUAUAUUUUGCUGGAGGCGAAUUUUCCUCACAAAAAUCGUCUUCUCCAAGCUACUUCAUUCGACCGAACUAGGGAUGGAUCACGCCAAAAGUCGGGGGCGAAAGCCCGCUACCGUGGUAAAACGCCAAGGGGAAUCGAAAUCCUACCGGGUUCACAUUGCGCUAGGGCUGUUCAUGGUGAUGCUGUGGCUGUCUUUCCCGACGCUUUGUUCUGGGCAGCACGAUCACGAUCAUGACCACCAUGAUCAUCACCACGAUGAGAAUCCGAGUUUUAAGUACUCCAAGCAGGCUAAUGAAAUGUAUCAGGAGGAAAGUCACGAUCAUCAUCAACAUGAUCACGAUCAUGGACACCACCAUGAUGAUCAUCAUCACCACCACCACGACGACCACCACCAUCAUCAUCACGAUGAUGAUGUUCCAAAGGGAAAGGAUAAACCACAAGUCGAUAUCUUUUACAUCUGGGUCCAUUCGCUCGGAUCGACUCUGCUGAUCAGCGCCGCACCUUUCUUCAUCCUGUUUGCUAUUCCACUGGACAACACGGAGGAAAUGCAACCUCGGUUGAAAACCCUUCUGGCCUUUGCAUCCGGGGGGCUACUAGGUGAUGCUUUCCUUCAUCUAAUUCCACACGCCAUUCAGCCACAUUCGCACGGAGAGAAUGGACAUGGGCAUGGUCACAGUCAUCACCAUGGCGAAGGAGAGGAAGGACAUGGCCACGAUAUGCGCGUGGGUCUUUGGGUUUUGGCUGGAAUUAUUGUGUUCUUGGCAGUGGAGAAGGGUGUUCGGCUGAUCAAAAAGGAUGCCGGAGGUCACGGCCAUAGUCACGGAGGGACUUCCAAAAAGGAAAAGACAUCGCCACCAGCUUCUCCCUCGAAGAAAGAAAACAAAUCUUCCUCGAAAAAUGAUAAGAAAAAGGCAGAAGCAGAUGCUGCAAAGGCCAAGGGCAAAGCCGUCAAGAAGGAACCCAAGAAGGAUCAAAUCAAGAUAGCUGGCUAUCUUAAUCUGGCAGCGGAUUUUACUCAUAAUUUCACCGAUGGGUUGGCCAUCGGUGCUUCCUACCUAGCCGGAAACAGUAUCGGUGUCAUAACCACGAUCACCAUCCUGUUGCACGAAGUUCCUCACGAGAUUGGAGAUUUUGCAAUCCUGGUAAAAUCCGGUUGCUCGAAGAAGAAAGCCAUGAUGCUUCAGUUGACUACCGCUAUCGGUGCUCUGGCUGGGACGGUUCUCGCCUUGCUGGGUAGUGGAAGCGAUGCUGCCGAAUCCUGGGUGCUUCCAUUCACGGCCGGUGGAUUCAUCUACAUUGCAACCGUCUCCGUCAUCCCGGAACUGCUUGAAGAAUCCACCAAGCUGUGGCAAUCGCUAAAAGAAAUUACCGCCCUGCUGGCCGGCGUCGGAAUGAUGGGAACAUGUUUGAAAGCCAUCGAAGAAACUAUUGAACGUUAAUCACCAUCGCCACGGCACCGUUUUGUGCUAGUACAAUAUUUUGCGCGUUUUUAAGAUCAGUCUGUUAGUUUAUCCAAGUGAAAUAUAUGUUUAUAUUUUAACUGUUAGUGCGAUCAAUUUUUAAUUUUAAUUCAAUUUGUUUAGGGAAUAAAAUGUGAAUAUAUGUUCUGUAAAAUUUGUGCUAGCACAAGUCGGCGUUAUACUUAUUGAAAGCGUUCAAACAUUGCGUAAAUCUACCUUACUUAAGU